UAGUCAUUGCGUUGAGCUAGAACCGAGUGGAAGUACACGCUAGUUAAAAUGGCUGGAUUUUUGUUGGUGCUUAUUGCCAUUGGGAGCUUUCUAUUUUGGCUCUAUCAACUGAACAAGGAUUAUUAUGUGCUCGCAUUCUUUUCGCCUCGUGUAAAGACCAAGGAUGGUCGUCCUUUAGAGAGCAUUGCUCCAGUGGCUAAAGGCAGAACAAUCUUUGGCAAUUGCUUUGACUUGUUUGGUUUAACUGAUGCGGAAGCGUUUGAUAAUGCUCGCCAAAAAGCCAACGAAACAAAGAAAAGUUAUAUUGAAUAUAAUAUGACUUUGCCCGUUUACAAUAUAAUUGACGCAGAGGUUGCCGAGUUGGUAUUGAACGAUCAGAGUCUGAUUACUAAAAGCUUCACAUACGACUUUCUUCAACCAGCGCUGAGAACUGGAUUGCUGAUAUCUACAGAUAAAAAAUGGCACAGUCGCCGCAAGAUGUUAACACCCACAUUUCACUUCAAUAUUUUGGGACAAUUCGAGGAGAUAUUCAAAGCUGAGAGCUUCAAGUUCGUGAAACAGUUUGAAGGUAAAUCAGAUAUUGACAUCUCACUCAGUGAACUGAUACCUAGAUUCACAUUAAACGCCAUUUGUGAGACUGCAAUGGGAGUCAAACUUGAUGAUAUGGCCGAGAAAGGCGAUCGAUAUCGUAAGAAUUUUGCUAUGAUUGAACAAACUUUUAUCAAACGUUUGAACAACCCAUUUUAUUGGAGUGAUAUAAUUUAUAAGUACUUUGGCGAUAAGAAUGAUGCACUAGCCGUUAAAGCUGUUCAUGAUUUCUCGAGUGAAAUCAUUGCCAAGCGUCGCAUACUUCUCAAGGAAGAGCUGGAACAACGGAAGAAUGUUCAGGCUAAAGCUGAUAAUGAUAUUUACAUCAACAAGAAACAACGCUUCGCCAUGCUGGAUACUUUGAUAUUUGCUGAGAAAGAUGGUCUAAUUGAUCACGAUGGAAUCUGUGAAGAAGUGGACACACUCAUGUUCGCAGGCUUCGAUACCACAUCCUUGGCCAUCAUAUUUGGUCUCAUGAAUUUGUCUCUUUGCGCUGAUAAACAGGAACUUUGUUAUCAGGAAAUUAAUGACUACAUUGAUGAUGACCUAAGUAAAUUGGACAUAAAUCAAAUAUCUAAGCUACAAUAUUUGGAUUGUGUCAUCAAAGAAACAUUGCGAAUGUUUCCCUCUGCCCCAGUCAUUGGACGUGAUGUUAAAAAGCGAACAGAACUGGCCAAUGGUGUCAUACUUCCCGCUAGAGCUCAGGCUGUUUUGCACGUGUUUGACAUCCAUCGUAAUCCCAAAUAUUGGGAUUCACCCAAUGAGUUCCGACCCGAGCGUUUCUUGCCCGAAAAUUCAAGAGAUCGUCACAUAUAUGCUUAUAUGCCCUUUAGUGCUGGACAACGUAAUUGCAUUGGACAAAAGUAUGCUCAGCUUGAGUUGAAGACUUUCUUCAUCGUCGUGCUCAAGAAAUUCAAAGUUUUACCUCUCAUGGAUCCCAAGGAUUUUGUUUUUAAUACUGGAAUUACACUACGAACCAACAAUAAUAUUAAAGUCAAGCUGGUGAAGCGGAGUUCGUAAAUUAAAAAUUGUUUUUAACCUGUUGUAAUUAACUUAAAGAUAAGCUGUUAAUUAACAAUAAAUAUGGAACCAGUUGUUUACUCUA